GGCCAGGCCGGAAGCGCCGCCCCCUCGCGCCGUUGGCGGGAGAAGCGCGCGCGGCCGCCGAGCGAGGAUGUCGGGGGCACUGGAGCGGCCCGGGGGGCCCCCCCCUGCCAAGCGGGGCCGGGGGGGCGCGGGGGGGGCCCCGGCCCCCUCCCACUUCGAGGAGGAGCUGGCGCAGCUGGAGGAGCUGGAGGCCGAGCUGGGGGCCCCGGAGUCCCCGCCGCCCCCCGACCUGCUGGGCCCGGGCCCGGCGCCGUGGGGCGAGCCCCCCCCGCGAUGGCGACGCCCCCCGCCCCCCCCGCUGGACCCGGCCACCGAGACGCUCUGCUUCCAGCAGCUGGAGCUCGACCACUACGUGGGGUUCCCGCUGCCCGGCAUGCCAGAUGCCACCGAGGGCCCCGUCCCCGUGUCCCCAUGUCCCCUGUCCCCCCGGUUCCCGCUGCCCGGCAUGCCAGAUGCCACCGAGGGCCCCGUCCCCGUGUCCCCAUGUCCCCUGUCCCCGUGUCCCCAGGGUCCCGCUGCCCGGCAUGCCAGGUGCCACCGAGGGCCCGUCCCCAUCAUCCGCAUGUUCGGUGUCACCGACGGUGGCCACAGCGUCUGCUGCCACGUCCACGGCUUCGUCCCCUACUUCUACGUCCCCGCCCCCCCCGGCUUCGAGGCGAAGGACCUGGGGGAGCUGCAGCGGGAGCUGGACGAGGCGCUGCUGCGGGAGCGGGGGGGGCCGCGGGGGGGGCUGCGGCGGGCGGUGCUGGGCCUGGAGCUGUGCCACAAGCAGAGCAUGCUGGGCUACCGGGGGGGCCAGCGGGGGCCCUUCGUGCGGGUGCUGCUGGCGCUGCCCCGGCUGGUGGCCCCGGCGCGGCGGCUGCUGGAGCAGGGGCUGCGCUGGGGGGGGCUGGGGGUGCAGCCCGCCCCCCCCUUCGAGGCCAACAUCGACUUCGAGAUCAGGUUCAUGGUGGACUGCGACGUGGUCGGCUGCAGCUGGAUCGAGCUGCCGCCGGGGCAGUACCGGCUGCGGGGGGGGGCGGCGACAGCGGCGGGGGGGGGCAGCGGCAGCAGCCCCCCCCCGGGCCCCCCCCCGGCCUCCCUGUGCCAGCUGGAGGCCGACGUGGCCUGGACGGCCGUGCGGAGCCCCCCCCCCGAGGGGCCCUGGCAGCGCCUGGCCCCCCUGCGCCUGCUCAGCCUGGACAUCGAGUGCGCCGGGCGCAAGGGGGUGUUCCCGGAGCCCGAGCACGACCCCGUGAUCCAGGUGGCCGGCGUGGGGCUGCGGCAGGGCGAGCGGGAGCCCUUCGUCCGCGCCGUCUUCGCCCUGGGCUCCUGCGCUCCCAUCCUGGGCUGCCAGGUGCUCUGCUUCCAGCGCGAGGAGGAGCUGCUCCAGGCCUGGGCCGAGUUCGUGCGCGUCGUUGACCCCGACAUCGUCACGGGCUACAACAUCCAGAACUUCGACCUGCCCUACCUGCUGCAGCGCGCCCAGGUCCUCAAGGUGACGUCGUUCCCCCUGCUGGGGCGGGUGCGGGGGGGGCGCUCGGUGCUGCGCGACGCCUCCUUCCAGUCGCGGCAGCUGGGCCGGCGCGAGAACCGCGUCGUCUCCAUGGCGGGGCGGGUGCAGUUCGACCUGCUGCAGGUGUUGCUGCGGGACUACAAGCUGCGCUCCUACACCCUCAACGCCGUCAGCUUCCACUUCCUGCAGGAGCAGAAGGAGGACGUGCAGCACUCCAUCAUCACCGACCUCCAGAACGGCUCGGAGCAGACGCGGCGGCGCCUGGCCGUGUACUGCCUCAAGGACGCCUUCCUGCCGCUGCGGCUGCUGGAGAAGCUCAUGUGCGUCGUCAGCUACGUGGAGAUGGCCCGCGUCACCGGCGUCCCCCUCGGCUACCUGCUGGCCCGCGGGCAGCAGGUCAAGGUGGUCUCCCAGCUCCUGCGGCAGGCCAUGAAGCAGGACCUGGUGAUGCCGGUGGUGAAGCCGGAGAGCGGCGAGGACUACGAGGGGGCCACGGUCAUCGAGCCACUCAAGGGGUACUACGACACGCCCAUCGUGACGCUGGACUUCUCCUCGCUGUACCCCUCCAUCAUGAUGGCCCACAACCUCUGCUACACCACCCUGCUGCCGCCCGGCGGCCCCGAGCGCUACGGCCUGGGCCCCGACGACUUCAUCCGCACGCCGACGGGCGACCUCUUCGUCAAGGCCUCGGUGCGCAAGGGGCUGCUGCCCGAGGUGCUCGAGGGGCUGCUGGCCGCCCGCAAGAGGGCCAAGGCGGAGCUGGCGCAGGAGCGCGACCCCUUCCGGCGCCAGGUGCUGGACGGGCGGCAGCAGGCGCUGAAGGUCAGCGCCAACUCGGUGUACGGCUUCACCGGGGCCCAGGCCGGGCGCCUGCCCUGCCUCGCCAUCUCCCAGAGCGUGACGGGCUUCGGGCGGCAGAUGAUCGAGCGCACGAAGCAGCUGGUGGAGAGUCAGUACUGCCUGGCCAACGGCUUCCCCGCCGAUGCCAAGGUGGUGUACGGGGACACGGACUCGGUGAUGUGUCGCCUGGGGGUGGCCUCGGUGGCCGAGGCGAUGGCCCUGGGGCGGCAGGCGGCCGCCUGGGUCUCCGGCCACUUCCCGCCCCCCAUCAAGCUGGAGUUCGAGAAGGUGUACUGGCCCUACCUGCUCAUCAGCAAGAAGCGCUACGCGGGGCUGCACUUCGCCUCGCGGCCCGACGCCCACGACAAGGUGGAGUGCAAGGGGCUGGAGGCCGUGCGCCGCGACAACUGCCCCCUCGUCGCCAACCUGCUCAGCACCUGCCUGCGCCGCCUCCUCGUCGACCG